GGCCAUGAUCAGUUGUAGUCGAGGGUCCAGCUUUGAGCUCGAUGAUAUAUUUCUCUUUUUCCUUAAUCGGUCAAAGCCAGAAACACCGUAGCAACUAAUCACAAAGAUUUUGUGUUUGGAGUUUGCGGAGGAAACUUGGUUUAAACUUCAAAUUAACUUUGGUUUAAUAGAAUCCAGUAGGUAGUAAUUUGUAAAGAAUGGUUUGGGCUUUGCUUCCCGUCGAUCCUUCCUCAGCUGAACAAGAAGAAGAAGAAGAAGAUAAGUACUAUAUUUUCAAGAAUGGAACGUAUUCUGUGGGUCGAAAAGGGUGUGAUAUCAUCAUUCACAAAGACAAGGGAGUGUCCAGAAUCCAUGCUCAUAUAAUGGUUGAUGAAAUGACUCAAUCAUGUCAAGUUCGAAUCAGAGAUUUGUCAAAGUACGGGACAUUCAUUAACAAGAAUCUUAGUUCUAACAAGAAAGUUCAUCAUUUUCCUAAUAAACAGACCUCUUUAGAAGAUGGGGACCUCCUUUCUUUUGGAACAGGAAAUGCAACCUUUCGAUUCUCUUAUGUGCCGCUUGUACUCUAUAUCUGCUGUGCUGAGGCCUCCCAGAUGAAUCAUCAUCUUCAGGACAAAGUUUCAUCCAUUGGUGCUCGUCUUACUCAUGUUUACAGUGAGGAUUGUACACAUGUGAUUGUUGAUCAACAUGUGCCCCUGAAAAGGGAUCUGCUUGAUGCAAUUGUGGCAAAGAAACCGCUCUUACGUACUAGUUGGCUUGAGCUUGUAGCUGAGAGAAGUAUCCAGACUAAGUUUCCUGAUUGCUGUUCCCAUGUUCCAACAAUUAUGGUGGAUGGAGUAUUUGUUGAAGUUUCAGACCCAAAAACGCGUGAAAACUGUUUGGGAGGAUACACCUUUCUCUUAGAAUCUACACAAGUGUACAAGUUUGGGGAUAGAUUGCAGUCUCUGCUGGAAGUGAGUGGCUCAAGGGUUAACUAUGUUGAAGAAAUUUGUUCAAGUAGUCAGGCCUUUGGGUGUGGAGAAAAUACUUGUCUUACAUAUGUCAUCCCUGGAAGGUCAGUAGACAAGUUUGAUCACUUGGAUAAUCUCGGUUUAUCAUAUAGAGUGGAUGAGAUGGCAUUAAUACGUGCUCUUUUAUCUGGAAAAUUGGAUCAGUCUAUAUUGAUAUCAUCAUCAGUACCUGUUUCUUCUUCUUGCUCCACAGACGAAACUGUAGUAGCAGAUUCCGAUGAGGAAAUUGAAAUGGCUACAUCAGUUAAUGUGAAUGCUACUACAUGUAAAGAAGGGGCCCAGAAUUAUGUGAGCAGAGAUGGAAUUUCCAUGGAAGCACCUAGCUGUGUGAGCAAAGCGGAAGUGCCUACAUGUCAGGAUGCUAUUAGAUUGAAGGAUGACCGAGUGACCUCUAAAGAUGAUAAUUGUUGUUUGACAGCAAGAAGAGACGAGGCUGACCAAGUGACGUCUAAAGAUGAUAAUUGUUGUUUGACAGCAAGAAGAGACAAGGCUGACGAGUCUGAAUAUGGAAGUUCUAAUAUUGUUUAUAGCCAAGUUUUAAUAGUUAGAGAUGUAAAUAUAACUUCCAAAAAUAGCUUUAAAGAAGACAACGGUGUUAUAAAUUACAAGCGCUUUCGCAAGGCAAGCAUUCAGUCUGGAAAUAGCUUCAACAAUCUUGUUCCAUUUUCGAAGCAUCCUUACAAAGAUUAUGAAUUUGGAAGUGGGGACUUGGCCGAAUCUGUUAAGGAGGAGAAAAAGAGAAAAAAAAUGGAUGCCAUUGCAGAUGACAUGUUUAACAGUGAAAAGGGGGGGAGACAGCGUGGUUUAUCAGGUUCUCUUCGUCGUGGACUUCUUCAUACACGGGGUUGACAAAGGUUGAAGUAUUUAGUGCAGUGCAUUGUUUCCUUUUGUAACAUUUGUAUAUGCACCUUUGGUAGAGAGACGCUUGACAUGAGUUAAAGAGUUGGCAUCAUUGCACAAUGGACUUUACCGUAGAACGUACAUUUAAGUUAGUCCAGGAUAGGAUAUUUGCAUUAUAAAAUCUUCCUUUCUGCAUCUUUUCUGGUUGGCGCUAUAGAGCGCUGACUCAGAUAUGCAUCUAGACAACCUUUUGUCUAUAGUCAUGUGCUUUUUAGUUAUUUUAUAUAUUUAUACUUUUUUUAUAAA